AGUCGUCGGCUUGAUUCUAGUCGUCAAUUCUAUCGUUGAUUCAAAACAACUCAACUCAAUUAAAUUUUUAAAAUAAUUUUUAUAUGCUGAUCAAGUCAAAAUUUAAACCAAUCAACAGUCGAACCUAUUAGACUAUUCGAUUCAGUUGGGUUCAAUUUUUUUAUCACUACUUUAAAGUGUAAUUUUCAAAGGAAAAAAAAAAAAAAAAGUAUGUGAUCCAGAGUGGAAUCGACAUCGUUUUCUACCGUGUCUUUCUCUGUCCUUAUUCUUUUUCAACACUUCUCAAGGUUUUCAACUUUUCAUGAUCGAAAACUCGAAAUACAGGUGGCGAGUCUUUCUCUGGCAACUUCGUCGUUGUCCCGCUUCGCCAGUCUAACGCUUCAAGGGAAGGAGGCAAGCGACAUUAAUCAAACAUGCCAAACACCUUCUCUAAUAACGUAUCGCUUCAGCUUUCCUUUUCCUUUUCCUUUUCUUCCUUGCCAAAACUCCUUCCUUUAUUCCCAAUGCGUCUCCUUUCACGCGCCUUAAAUUCUCAAGCUACACGACACCCACCACCGCUUGUGCAUCCACAGCGAAAUCGUGGAAAGAACUCUUCUUCUGCUGAAAUUACUCAAAUUGGCGGAAAUCUGAAUUGGGUUUCGCAUUGCUGGGUUUUGUAGGAUCCUGACCGAGAUGGCUCACUGGCAGAGCGAUUUAGAGGAGGGGAUCGAUUACAUGUUCAAGAUUGUGAUGAUAGGAGACUCUGGUGUCGGGAAAUCCCAGCUAUUGAAUCGUUAUGCAAGGAAUGAAUUCAAUGCGAAAUCGAAGGCGACGAUCGGAGUUGAAUUUCAGACCAAGACGGUGCUCAUGGAUCAUAAGGUUGUUAGGGCCCAGAUCUGGGAUACUGCUGGUCAAGAAAGGUACCAGGCAAUUACUACUGCAUACUACAGAGGUGCAAUUGGUGCAUUGCUGGUGUAUGACAUAACCAGGCAAGAUACCUUUGAUCAUGUCGAAACAUGGUUGGAGGAGCUACAAAUGCAUGCAGAUAAGAAUGUUGCUGUUAUGCUUGUUGGCAACAAGUGUGACUUGGGUUCAAUGCGAGUAGUGCCUGUUGAGGUAGCCAAAGAGCUUGCUCAGAGGCAUGAUCUCUUCUUCAUGGAGACAUCAGCGCUUGAGUCCACCAAUGUAGAGCCAGCUUUCAUUGGUCUUCUCUCUCAGAUCUAUUUAACUAUCCGUAAGAAGUCUCUUGUGGCUAAUGGAGCAGAAUCAAAACUGGAGAAAGUAAAUCUUGAAGGGACAGAGAUUUAUGUCCCUUCAGAUGACUUAGAAUAUCGAAAGGACCCAGAAACUAAAAGGAGGUUCAAUUGCUGCAGUUUUUCGUAGAACUCUCCUUCAACUGGUGCUGCGAGGACUGUGACCUUUAUCUUAUGAGAUUUUUGCUGGACUCAGUUUUUCCUCUAAAGGUUCAAAUUCUCUUGGUUGGUUUGGCUGGCAUGUAAGAGAACUCAGCUUCUGAUGGUUUGAUGAAAUUGGGUUGUCUAUUCACCGUAUCUGCUAGUGAGGUUUUUGCCAUGAUGAUUGCUUAGAGAAGCUUCCUGCGUAUGGAAAUGGGAAAUUAUUCUUUCGUUUUUUCCCCCAAUAACAUCUUAUUGCAUAACGGAAAUAGAAUCACCUUGUUGCAUAAUGGAAAGAAAUGAAGUGGGGUUUCAAAUGAAUGGCUGUCCUCUGUGCUAUUUUGGUUCGUCUGUUUCUCCUAAAUUGCUUGUCUAGUAUUUCAGGCAGAAAUGUUGACAUGAUCCCUAUAUAAAUGAACUCAAGAACUUGUUCCAGUAUAUGUUUUCAUUAAUCUAUUCAUUCAUUCAUUCA